GGGAGAGGUGCUGCUGCUGUCACUCUGUCCUGUGUCACACCUGCGCAGGGCUCCGAGCUGCUCCCAGCCCAGGGAGGGCAGGACAGGAGCUCUGCUCUGUUUCUGAGCAACAAAUCCAACCUGGCCUGGCAAGGAAGCGUUCAGCUCUCGUGAAAAGGUGAUUCACCUGCAAACAGGAGCCUGUUCUUGCAGCCCAGGCUGCAGAGUUAUUCAUGAAGCCGUUUCUGAUCGUCCUGGCUGGAGUUUCAGUGGUUGGUAUUGUGGCUGCAGAGAGACCAUCAUGUCUGAAACGCGCAGCAUUUACUUCCACAAACUUUGAGAACAUCCUGACGUGGGAAACGGAGUCAGAUAUUCCCCCUGGCACCGUGUUUGAUGUCCAGUACAAACAGUAUGGAGAGAAAUCCUGGCUCACCAAGCUGGAGUGCCAGAGCAUCACCCAGCUCUUCUGCAACCUCAGCCAGGAGACAGAGAACUUCACGGAGCAUUUCUACGGGCGGGUGAGGGCCAGGGGCUGCUCCCCCAGCUGGGUGCGCUCCGAGAGGUUCGAGCCCCGCAAAGAGACCAUCAUAGGGGCACCACAAGUGGAAUACAUUCCUUAUGUACGCUCCAUAAAGUUCCUGAUCCGACCCCCCUUUACCCCCCUGCGGGGUGAGGAUGAGCAGCAGCUCACCGUGGAGGACAUUUACAGCAAAUUUGGGGCUGUGGAUUAUCACCUGACAAUAUUCAACCAGAGGACACAGCAGCAGUGGACAAAGAACGAGCACAGCAAAGAAUUUGAAGUUUCCAACUUGGACCCAGACACUGAAUACAAUGGGACAGUUUACAUCUGUCUGCUGCAGAGAAGGAGCAAACCUCAGGUGUUUUGGGUCAAAACACUGCCAGAUAAAACGUGGAUUUUCUACUGUUUGGUGGCCCUGGCGUUCUGUGCCGGGCUGGUGUUUGCUGCCAGCGCUUAUGUGACCUACAAAUACAUCAAACAGCGCAGUGCCCAGCCCAGAGCCCUGGACUUCAGAGGGAUUCCAUCGUUCCAGCCUCUCACACUGACAGUGGAGCACAUCAUAAAGCCCCUCAGCUUUCCCAAACCUCGCCUCUCCAUCCCUGAAGUGCAGCAGAUGAGCCAAGAUCUGGACAGGACCCUGGAGCCAGCAGGGCCUUUCUGUCCCUACCAACAGCAGGAGGAUGUUCCAGCAUUCCCACUGUCCCCUCGGCCUUCCCAGGUGGAAUUCCCAGCUCUGACUGCUUACACUCCUCAGGGAGCAGAGCAGAAGGUUCUGGCCAUGACCUACGGGCUGUGUGUGCCAGGCACGGCCCACACCGACCACGGCUCGCAGAGGCUCGGGGAAACGUCACCACAUCGUUCUGGGCAUGGAAAACUCCAAACACAGGGGCUGGGAAAGAGCUGCAACCACUGGGAUUACAAAGAGCAGCUGGCAAAGGUGGCCCUGUGGAAGAGCAGGGACAGGCUGGAGUGUGUGAUGCAGGGGAGCCCUGGGCAGAGGCAGCUGCUGCUGCAGAGAGAGGGGAUGGAAAAGGCAGAGAGCGUGUCCCAGCUGUCCCUGGCUUUGCUGGAACAGGGAGGAUGCUACAGACAACAGGCAGAGCUGCCCCUGCUGCUGUCUGCAGGGAAAGCUGCCCCAGACUUUGUGGCAGAGGAGGAGCUGCUGGCACCGCUGUCAGCAGCCCUGCUGCUCUCGGUGAGGCCUGGCAGUGACAUCCCUGGAGAGAACCACGCGGAGCAGUGGGUGCUGCCAGAGCCAUUCCCACAUCCUGCAGGCAAAGCACAGCUCCCAGGGACUGCAGGCAUGGAAAUGUUCCCAGCAGAAAAGGAGCUGAGCUGCACAGAACUGAGCGUGUCCCCAGCCAGCAGCUGGGACAGGGGAACUCCUCUCACCGUGCUCUUCAAAGAUCUGGACUUGAAAGUGCAGUGGGAUGAGGAGGAUAGCAUGGAAUUUUAUUAGGUAUUAAAAUCCAGAUGGUUUCUGGAUGUUUUCUUGCAUGAAAUGGAAACAAUGCAAAACCACAGCUGAUCCUGGCUGUAUUAACACAGCUCAGACUGUUCUGUGGUGGAGUUUGGUGCCUUUACUGAUAGAAUUUGUUACACUGCAAUAAUGUACCUUUGCACUCAAACAACAGGUCUUUAUUUCUUGCAUAUUCUCAAAUUUAUUAUGGAUUACUUUAAAAGAUCAGUUAAGAUUCAGUUCCCAAUCUCAAAAAUUCAGUUUACUGAAAAAUUAGCGAAGUUCACAACAGAAACCGUGUUUGCUCUUUACCAACACCAAAGAUUGAGGGCUAAGAUGAACCCCUCCCUUUGGAGAAAUUCAGGCAUGCAAACCUAGAAGUAUUUAAUGUAAAAGGAGUAAAUAGCUAUUGGUGUUCUACCUUUGGAUAAAUGACUUGGAAAAGAGUAUUCCACCUCCCUGGACUUUGCCUUUAAAGGAGUCCUUGAAGCUGGCUAACAGCUCCUGAUACAGCACUUCUGUGAAAUAUGUCCCUGUCCCCUGUGGUUUUUAAUACCUGUACAAAGAUAAAGUCUUUUUUAAUACUUGUA